AUGGCGUUCAAUGCAGUCGGCGAACUCGAGCAGUCACCCCAUUCGUGCCACUAUUGUCAAGCAGUCACGAUCAGCUUUAAGAACAGUUUCAACAGGCACUCAGCUUUCCGUGAACACGGCACACUAAACAUCACUUAUGGCCGAGCUCGACAUGCUGCAGCUAAUGGAUGUAAGCUAUUCGAAUACCUGAUGCAAAGCAUCGCAUACGGCCAUGAAGACGAAAACCCCCGGUAUUCAUUCUCUUACGAAUACUCACGAGCCAAAACUAGUUUCAUAAGCUUUCUAUAUCACACAACCUCGCAAGACUUCGAGAUCUACGCCGCGGAUGAGGCAACAUCGUACAGGUUUCCAAAACCGCCCAAUCUAUCACCAGCAUCUACAAGUGCGGCUGAAGACUGGCUAGUCUUUUGCGUUCAAAAGCAUGAGGAGUGCAGAAGAGUCGAGAAUGUCUUCGUCCCACCAAGACUCCUCCGUGUAACAUGUGCUCAAGACGAGGUGCACCUCGUAAGCAUGGAUGUUACGAAGCCCGUACCGUAUGCUGUUCUGAGCUACUGUUGGGGAGGUGAUCAGCUCUUCAAAACAGUAAAGAGUAACGUCGAGAUAGUCUCAAGAGCGAUAAAGGACCUACCGCAGACGAUCCAUGAUGCCAUUCUUGUGACACGACAACUCAAGCUCGAAUAUCUCUGGGUUGACAGCAUGUGCAUCAUACAAGACAGUGAAGAGGAUAAAGAUGCGCUCAUCGGCCAGAUGCACAUGAUAUUUGCAUGCGCACACGUCACUAUCGCUGCCAGCAAAGCCUCAAAAUGCACUGAAGGGUUCCUCGCACCUAGAUCCAACGUACCACAAUUUUACGUCGCCAUUCGGGAUCCCAUAGAGACACACAAUAUCGGACCUAGUAGGGUUAUACUUAUACCCUCUUCAAGGGGACAUGUUGAGCCACUCGUCACACGUGCAUGGACACUUCAGGAGACCCUCCUUUCAAGACGCAUCCUCUCCUACGGAAGCCGACAAUUGCGCUGGUACUGCGGCUUAUGUGGGAAUCAUGAUGGCGGCGUUCUGGGUUGGGAUUCCCCCAACUGGGAUUCCUUCCAAAGCCUUGAUGAAAGAGUUUCUGAACAUGCUCGCCAACCCUUCGAGAUAUCGGAUAUAUUAACUACUCUCCGUUGGGUAGAGAUUGUAAAGCAGUACACAAUGCGUGGAAUGUCAGAGCCUUCGGACAAAUUGAUCGCCAUUUCUGCCGUAGCUCAGCGCCUCGCCAGCCGGACUGAAGGGAGAUGGGGUCGAUACUAUGCCGGUAUUUGGAGAGAGAGGUUCUUUGAACAAUUGCUGUGGUCUAUAUCCGAAGGCGAGAUUGCGAAACGACCAGUUCGGUACCGCGCACCUAGCUGGUCGUGGGCCGCUAUCGAUGGGAAGCUAGAUUGGCCAUUGAACGCAGAAUUGAUAAAUGCUGAGAUCUUGUGCACACUUCUCGACGCGGAGAUCCAACCGUUGAGAUCUACACAACCCUAUGGCGCAGUGGCUUCCGGAAGAAUUAAAGUCUAUGGAGAGGUCAAGCAGGUUUUAUGGUCAGCCGAUCGGAAAACGGUAAAAGAUAACAAAACUCAGGCUGCCGUUACCAGUGGAAUUAUGCAGACAUUUGCAGAUGCGCUAGAACAUAAUGCACAGGACAUGACUGUUCAUGUGCUGAAGGUAGCGAUGUGCCCAGAUCGCCGACUUGGCAUCAGGCUCAAAACAAACGAAUUUGAGAAGCACGUUGAAGGUAUACUGUUGGAGCAUAUCGGUAACGAAGUGUAUCAACGCGUCGGUGCAAUGGGCGUAUGGAGCGUUGAGAAGGACAAAUUAUCAUUGCCCGGGUGGCUGGAGCAGUCGUUACUUGAAAGCAGACAGUGGUGGUCCGAAGGAUUUGUGAGUAAGGAGAUAUAUAUCGUUUAA